GUCGAAUUCUUAACCGCUUCACUAAAGAUAUUGGUGCUAUUGAUGAAAUAUUGCCAGUGCCUUUGUUGGAUUUUGUUCAUAUAGCGUUGCAACUUAUAGGAACUCUUAUAGUUGUUGGUUUAAUCAACUAUUAUCUUCUAAUACCGACUUUCAUCAUAGGAUUAUUGUGUUAUUAUACUGUUAAUUUUUAUUUAUCAACAUCACGUAGUAUCAAACGUUUGGAAGGUGUUACCCGUAGUCCCGUGUAUGGAUAUUUGAAUGCGUCGCUUCAAGGAUUAACUACUAUCCGAGCGUUUGAAGUCGAAGACAUUUUGUGCAAAGAAUUUGAUGAACACCAAGAUUUACAUUCCUCGACUUGGUAUUUAUUUAUAACAUCAAGUGAAGCAUUCGGAUUUUCGUUGGACUUGAUAUGUUUCAUUUAUAUAUGUAUUUUAACAUUAAGUUUCUUAGUCUUAAACAAUGAUUAUUUUGGGGGAGAUGUUGGAUUGGUUAUAACUCAAGCAAUCAGUUUAACGGGUGCUCUCCAGUGGGGAAUAAGACAAUUAGCAGAAUUAGAUAAUCAAAUGACCUCUGUUGAGAGAGUACUUGAGUAUACAAAUGUUCCACAGGAAGCUUCUAUUGAAUCUUCUCCAGAUAAAAAGCCACCUAAAGAAUGGCCAGAUAAAGGUCAAAUUGUGUUUGAACAUUUUUAUCUACGUUAUAGUUUAGAUGCAGAGCAUGUUUUGAAAAAUCUCAAUAUUCAAAUUCAGGAAAUGGCAAAAGUAAUAAUGACCAAUAUUUACUACUAA